CUUACUCUAACAACCUCAUCAUCUCACCGGAGAUCCGUUAACUGAAACAACUUAAUGUGGCUAAACCGAGCGGUUCCCGCCCGAUAUUUGAGAUCCUACAAAAGAACUCAAACACCGUCAUGGAUGAGCUAUCAAGUUGCUUUCUACUCAGAUUCCGCGGAGAAGAAAGAAAAGGUCGCGCCUUUGCAGGAGACUAGAAUGAGAGAUAGGUUUACUCUGUAUGCACGUGGCGGUGAAGGUGGCAGUGGUUGUUCCAGUGCACGCAAGACACGUACUGAUCGCUACGGAAAACCAGAUGGUGGAAAUGGUGGGAGAGGAGGUGAUGUGAUUUUAGAAUGCACGCAUGAAGUUUGGGACUUCAGCGGAUUACAACCUCAUGUUAAAGGUGGGAAAGCUGGGCAUGGAACUUCCAAGAACAGGAUUGGAAACAGAGGAGAAGACAAGAUCCUGCAAGUGCCCAUUGGGACAGUGAUUCAUCUUCAAGAGGGUGAGAUUCCAUCUCAAGUUCAAUCUGUCUCUCCCACAAGUUUGGAUCCAUGGGACCUUCCUGGCACACUGGUUGAAGAUCCUGCAUCAGAGGAAACCUCCGUCGUUAAUCAAGAAACUACUCCAGAUUCUUCUCUUCAAGUUAAAGCUGAGGAAGAUAGUGUAGCAAUACAUGUAGACACGCCAAUGGAAUCUGAUUUUGAAGACGAUGUUGAUCAAGUAAGGUAUAACGUUGCGGAACUAACGGAACAAGGUCAGAGAAUACUCAUUGCACGUGGUGGUGAAGGCGGUUUAGGUAGCGUUUGCGCUACACGUUAUUUAAGAGGCACCAAGUUCGCUAAAACAACAACAUUGAGGACAAUGGAGGACGAUGAUGAUGAAGAUGAUGAUAAUGGUCAACGCUCGAGUAUUAAAUCUGGCUCUCUUGGUACAGAAGCUGUCCUGAUACUAGAACUAAAGAGCAUUGCUGAUGUUGGUCUUGUCGGAAUGCCAAACGCAGGGAAAAGCACUCUCCUCGGUGCUCUCUCCCGUGCUAAGCCACGUGUAGGCCACUACGCGUUCACAACGCUACGUCCUAACCUAGGUAACGUCAACUACGAUGACUUCUCCAUGACGGUAGCUGAUAUUCCAGGGCUCAUCAAAGGAGCUCAUCAGAACAGAGGGCUAGGCCACAACUUUCUCCGACACAUAGAAAGGACUAAAGUGUUGGCUUACGUUGUGGACUUAGCAUCGGGGCUAGACGGUAAUAAAGGAGUGACACCGUGGCAACAGCUGAGAGAUUUGGUGAUGGAGCUUGAGUUUCAUGAAGAAGGGUUGUCUGAUAGGUCGUCUUUGAUCGUGGCGAACAAGAUUGAUGAGGAAGGGGCUGAUGAGAGGUUAGUGGAGCUUGAGAGGAGAGUGAAAGGAGUGAGGAUAUUUCCGGUUUGUGCUGUUCUUGAAGAAGGUGUAGCUGAGCUGAAAGAUGGUUUGAAAAUGCUUGUAAACGGUGAUGUUGAGGGAUCAGAGAGAUUGAAAUUGGAGAAUAUAUGUGUUGACUAGUUUAGUUUUUGUUGUAUCUCUUUGGCUCUAUUGUUGUGUCAUGAAACAUUUUUCACGGUUUCUGUUGUGGUUUAGUAUUCAAGAUUGUUAUAUGUUAUAGUGGCUUAGCAAUAUGUUUGCUAAUUUAAGAACGUAGUCAGUGCAUUGAGUUGUUUGUUAAUUGUAAAAUAAUUAAGUU